GCCCGCGGGGGGAGUGUCGCUGCCCGGCCUGGCGGACUUCGCCCCUGGCGCUCGCAGCAGGGUUCUCCGUCCCUGCCGUGUGUCCGUGCGGACCCCAGCGGGGCCCUGAGCCCCCCACGAGGGACACUGACCCCGGGACUGAAGCGGACGGAGGGCCGGGGUGCCCGCACCCCUCCGAUGUGACCGGCACUGACUCGCUCUCGGAGCGCCUGCCUCUCACCUGUGUCCCUGGCUGCCCUUGUACCCGAGGCCAUGCUCAGGCUGCGCCUGCUGACCUGGGAUGUGAAGGACACUCUGCUGCGGCUGCGGCGGCCCGUGGGGCAGAGCUACGCGGCCGAGGCGCGGGCGCAGGGGCUGCAGGUGCAGCCGGAGGCUCUGGGACGGGCGUUCCGGGAGGCCUACGGGGCCCAGAGCCGCCGCUUCCCCAACUACGGCCGGGGGCAGGGGCUCAGCUCCCGGCAGUGGUGGGUGGACGUGGUCAAACAGGCCUUCGUGCUCUCGGGGGUGCAGGACGGUGCAGCCCUGACGGCGCUGGCAGAGAAGCUCUACCGCGACUACUGCAGCUCCCACAACUGGGAGCUGCUGCCCGGGGCCGAGGAGACCCUGAGCCGGUGCCGCCAGCGCGGCUUCCGCAUGGGCGUCGUGUCCAACUUCGACAACCGGCUGGAAAACAUCCUCUCGCAGUGCAACCUGCGGCACCACUUCGAGUUCGUGCUCACCUCCGAGGCCGCGGGGGCCGCCAAGCCCAACAGGAGGAUCUUCGAGGAGGCCCUGCGGCUCGGGGGCGUCCCCCCGCAGCAGGCGGCUCACGUUGGGGAUGAUUACACCCGGGAUUACCGGGCAGCCCGGGCCGUGGGCAUGCACAGCUUCCUGCUCCACACGGCCGGGCACAGCCCGGAGCCCGAGGUGCCCCCCGAGCACGUCCUGCCCACCCUCAGCCACCUCCUGGCCCGGAUCGAGAAGGGGUAGCUGCGGUUUGGAGGAGCCCAGCGCUGCUGCCGGGUGCUGAACUGGUCCCGGUGUGGGAUUCCCUGCUGCCAGGGGGGCAGGGAACAGCAGCGAGCGGAUCAAGCACAGGGAGCAGCAGGAGGGGUGUUCCUGCAAUAAAACAUAUCUGACAGCCAGUGGUGCUGCUGCUUUGUUUCACGGCUCUAAAAACACUCCAGAAGGGGGUGGUGUCAGCAGUGCUGUCUUUCCCUAACGGGGGUGGGAAUGGGUCAAGCUCCAGAGGUUCGUUCUGGCAGGUGAGAUGGAGGCAGACAUUGGGGUUUAUCCCUUCUCAGUCACCCUGGGGAGAGGAUCAAGAAUCCCCCAGUGCAAGUGCAGGUUCAGUCCCAGGGAAGGUCUCCAAGAGAACACUCAGGCUCCCCAUCCCAGGGAAGGUCUGCCCAAACAGAGCACUUGGGACACCCCUGCACAGGCCCUGCACACCUCAGUGUACCCCAGCCUUGCAUCCCCCUCUUCCCAACAGGAGUGGCCAGGAGGUGG